GAUCCAGUCCUCGAAGGAUGACACCACGAGUUGGUUAACUGAAUCCUGAGACCCGCCCAACAUCUGCUCCCACGAGAAGGAUUUCAUGCCGAUUCACUUCUUUCCCUUUUAUCUUCCCAUCCUUUUCUUCCACCCUUUCGUUCCAUCCUCUCCUUCAUCCCUUCACUUCUCCUCCUGCUGCCAGCUCUCUGGACUUUCAACUAACCGCCGCCCCUGGGUGCUGCUCUCCGCUUCUCCACAUUUAUUAGCUUCCAUCGACCGGGAAAAACCCCUUCGUUUCGUCGCCCGUUACGCGUAACUCUCGACAUUCGAGAACCUCGUCUUCCUACAACUUCCAGCUCGUUCAACACAAUGGGAUCUCUUCCUCGGCCGGCCAUUGCACACGGGGCGUCAUAUCGGGCUAACAAUUCCCGGGUGCUCCUCCCCGUGCUGCUCCUCUCUUUGCCCGUUCUCGCUCUUCUCGUCCACUGCGCCUACCACAGGUACGACCACGGCCACUCCGCCGACCUCAGCCACGGCCUGGAGCCAGCGGCACCCUUUACUUUCGCCGAUGGCCUCGCAUCGGCUGCCUUCCUUUAUGUUGCCUCGUACGGCGGGACCGUUACGACAUUUAAACUGACCGAGAGCGGUGUCGCCAAGUCCGUGGACCUUGAACCCGUUGCCUCCACAGAUGGAUGCGCCGGAAGCCCCUCAUGGCUCACGCUUGACCACGCCAAUUCUAUUUUGUACUGUACCGAUGAGGGUUUGACUACUGGGAGUGAAGGGUCUCUAUCUUCAUUUUCGGUCAUCGAAGAUGGAAGCUUGGUCCGACUAGACAGGGUGCGGACUGUCUUUGGACCCGUAAGUGCGGCCGUGUACGGCAAAGACAGGAAUGGACUCGCCCUCGCCCAUUACGGCGGCUCAGCUCUGUCCACCUGGGACGUUGACGACCCAUCUGCCAUCAGAUCAGUUCAGACUCGGCUGUUCAAGAUGGCCCAACCUGGACCGGACCCGUCCCGUCAAGAGGCACCACAUCCCCACGCUGCUGUCGUAGAUCCCACGGGCCAGUUUAUUCUCGUGCCGGACCUGGGCGCCGACCUCAUCCGCGUAUACGCCAUCCGUGACGGUGAUCUUGACCUCACGGAACGCGGCCCGCUCUUCGUGGCCCCCGGCAGUGGGCCCAGGCAUUUGGCCUUCGCGGAUCGGGGGGAGAAAACUUUUAUGUACCUGGUGACGGAGCUUGGUAACACCGUCGUCGGGUACGAAGUGACAUACGAUGAUGAGUCCAUCGCCUUUGAAGAGGUCUGGACAAGUGGGAUACAUGGAAAAGGGAAUCGUAUGCCGACCGGCGGCGCCGCGUCUGAGAUCAUCAUCUCGCCUGACUCCAACUUUCUCAUUCUCUCAUCACGCAAUGAGAGCACGCUUGAGAUUCCCAACUUCGACCCCGACAACAGCACUGCUGUUGCAUCUGACCCGCUCAUCAACUUCGCCAUCGACCCUCAAACGGGCCACCUCGACCUAGUCCAAGAAGCACCGUGCGGAGGACUAUUCCCGCGCCAGUUCUCCAUUAACAAGGCCGGGACACUGGUUGCAGUGGGGCUUCAGAGUGAUGGCCGGGUGGUCAUAAUAGAGAGGGAUGCUGAAACGGGAGAGUUGGGAAACUUUGUGGCGCAUGCUAGUAUUGAAGGAGAGGUAACGGCAGUUAUUUUCAAUGAGUAAAUGAAUGGGUUUGCGAAGUUGCAUUCUUUGUACAAAUAGGGAGACGAUAUACGGACCAGUUCCAUGAAACUGGUUACCGUAAGUCAUCAUGAAAAAUCUAGAGUGAUGACCAAGGUCUAUGAAGACUCUGCACAUGCCCACACUCCCUCCUUAAGAACACCCAAAUGAGAGAAAUUGGGCAGAUCUCAUUU